AUGUUUAAGGCAAGAGGAGCUUUCCCAUAUUCGUAUUUUUCGUCGUACUUACAAAGCAUCUAUUUUUUUAGUGAAGUACAUGUUUGAAGAUGACGAGUUCUACUUGUUCUACUGGAUGUUUUAAUGUUUUUUCCUUGAGGACAAGGUCAUUCAAGGGAAAAACUAACUCCAACAUCUGAAGGAUGGAUGGUGCUUUUGAAGGAGAUGAACAAGUAUGCUGGGUAAUUAAAGUCUAAGAUAUCUACCGUAGAUGCCCAACGUUUCGUGGCAUUCAAAAGGAUGGUCCGUCGGUGCAAAAGCACGAAGAAGGAACUGGUGCUGAGAUCCGCCUCUAUUGAGGAUCAGGACGACUUCCGCAAAAUCUCAGAGUUUCUUCACCAAACCAAAACAACGGACCCAAACACCUUGCCGAAUGCGGGAAAUGCAGACAAGCCAGAGAUUUAAGGCUUAUUUCAUCGCCUCUUCCUCAUAGUUGCUCAUUGACAUUUUUUCAACUGGAAUAAACUUCUCUUCAUUCGAUAUAAUAAUAGGAUUCGGGUUCCACUUCUAAGUAGACACUUCAAAAGGUAAAGGAUAUACCACAGAUUUAAGCACUUCCAUAUAAAAUAUGUUCCAGGGGCCAGGUGCCAAGGCCCACCCCGAUCUGACUUUUUGAGGGGGGGGCUCCCGCCCCUGACCCUUUUUCCUGAGGGACGGCCGGGCGGGAAGGCCUCGAAGGCCUCCAAAAGCCCACCUCCGACCCCUUCCCGCUUCUUCCCUGUGGACGUUGAAGCACCGAAGGCCGGAGGUGCAAGGGUUCCGAAGGUGGCAAAGGUGGCAAGGCUGGGCACCCUCUGGCCUGUUGCGUGUGCCCUACAGACCUCCAGGGUGCGGGUUCCUCACUGGGGGAGUCUCUUGGGUGGUGAAAGGCCUCCGGGGGAAGCAGGUGGCAAGGCUUGACCCCUUUCGCCGUGCUGCAUGUAUCCGACAGAACCCAGGCGGGCACGCCUUGCCCCCACUCCUCCCCGCCUUUGGUCCCCAACCCCCCGGGCGUUUGGUGGUGGCGGACGAGGGCCAAAGGGGCCAGGCCUCGCGACCGUGGCCGCCUUCCGCGGCCCUCUCAUCCUGGAGGCCGUCCCCCUGAUAAGGUCCAAGAGUCGGCACAGGCAGAGAGCCGCCAGGAGCCUCAGGCCCCGCCUUUUGAGGCCUUGGCCCCCGCUGGUCCUCACAGGGAACCACCGCGGAAAAGAGGGCGCGUGGACGCCACCACCGCUCCAUCCACAGGGGGGAGCCUCCACCACUGGAACACAUAUGAUCCAGGGCGCAGGGCGACGGUGCCCGCCCCCUAGCGUAGGGGGGGGCCCUGCAGCCCCGGACCCUUCUUGAAGGCGUCUGCCGGGGGUGGAAGGCCUCAAGAGGGGGCCAGGUGACCUCCCCCGCCCCCUUCCAGCUGCUUGGCUGUUCCUUACCGGCCUCCGAUGUGGGUGGAAGGCUUCAAAAGGGGCCCAAGGGGCCGUCUGCGUCCCCUUCCAGGUGCCUGCCUCUGCCCUAAGUGCCUCCGAUAUGCUUCGCCGUCGCAGCAGUGCGCCGGUAGUUGCGGAAGGCCUCUGAAGGCGGCAAAAGGCGAGGGGCUGGACCCCUUGGGCGUUGCGGCUUGUACCCUCCGGGCCCUUGGUCAUCGGCUUGCUUGCUCUUCUCGCGACCGUGGCCGCCUUCGGCGGCCUUUUGCCCGGGAGACCUCUCUCCCGCGAGGCGGGGCAGCAGAGGCCAGGAGGCCUCUGCGGAACACGCUGAGCGGCUCAAUUGGAGGCCCGCGCCAAGUUUCGACGCCUUCCAGCACUAGAAUCCGCGAAAAUCUGCGCGGAAAAGCGCGCGCGCGCCACCACAGGGCAUACGGAGGGGGCGGGUGCCGUGCAGCCCUGCCACAUAUAUUUAUAGAAACUGGUGCCUUAAAUCUUCUCUUCGAUCGAUUUCGAUAUUAUGGGUAUUGAUUCUCGUACUGGGGAUUAUAAACGUCAAGAUGAGGAGGUGGUCACCUCCAGGUUCAGGGAUGUUCCUGUUGUUCAACAUCCGAUGAAGAGGGUAAUUACAUACAGCACAAGAACGAGGACUACUUCUUCUUCUAAGAUAUCGGGAAAAACAACUUUCCAUACUACAACCACUUGGUUAAACGUAUGACCAAGAAAAUGUACGCGAGUGCAGGAAAACGCAACGUGAGCACCCAGGCAAUGGAAAGGAGUUUUGUGGCAAACUGCUGCUGGGAUCCUUCCCAGCAAGCGGCUACUCUGGCUUCCAUCAAGGAGGAAAGCCGGGCAGAACUCAUCACGAACACGCAGGUCGCGAUGGAAGCCUCUCUUGCGGACCAAAGCGCUACUGCUGCUCCAGCGGUGGACCCGAAGGCACAGCCAGCCAAGAAGGACGGAUGUUGCUAA